AUGGCACCAAAUACAUCACAGCCUACUGGCCAGCCUCUUCAGGACCCUUCCAACCAGCAGCAACAACAGCCGCUACCUCCACAGGCACCUUCCCAACAACCUGCUGGCCACGUGCAGCCCAUGGGGGAUAUUAAAACCCAAGGAUCCGUCAGUUGGAAUAACCACAACCCGUUUGACGUCAACUCGUAUCCGAUUACUAAUCCGCCCAUCAUCGACUCGACGUUCUUCCUACCCUACACUAACGAGGCGGGUGUUCAAAGAAGAAGAAGGAUUUCGAUUUCCAACGGCCAGAUCGGCCAGAUUAUCAACCACGAGGCGUUCUUCGCCGACGAUGACUCUUACGAUGAGAUGAACGAUGUGCCUUUUAGGUACUCUCACCACAACCAUCAUCACCAUGCUCCUGAGCCUACUCAUGGUAACCCAAACUUGGGUAACCCUUUAUUUAACGAUGCUCGUUUGCCUUAUGACCAAAACCCUCUACAGCUGCAGCCUGACUUUGUUCCUAGGCCGCCUCCUCUGGGUCCUAAGAUGGAGGACAACGAUGAUGUUCAGCCUCCUCCACAGCCUCCCGGAUCUGCUAUUCCUGGUCCUCCUUCUAUUCCUCCGCUGGAUCCGCUGUCGUCGUUUACUUCGGCUCAGCCUCCACACCCGCAAGGGUUGCGCCAGGAGCAAUCUGCCCCACCGGAGCCUCCAAUGCCAGGUGAGAUAACUCCUCAUUCUGCUAUUGAUGAUGUUGCUGGCGUUCCUCCUCCGAACCAUCAGCUUAUUUACAAUAACGAAGUUAUUUACUCUGCCGAAGGUGGUCCUAUCCCAGGUACUGCUGCGUGGAAGAAGGAACGUUUAUUGGAGAGGAACAGAAUAGCAGCUUCAAAGUGUCGUCAAAGAAAAAAACAAGCCCAGCAGCAGCUUCAGAAUAACAUCAGCAAGUAUGAAAGAGAGCUGAGAGAUCAAAAGAAGAAGUUGCAAAAGUAUGAAAAAUUGUUCGCCAUUUACGACAAAACCUUGAGCGCAUACUUCAACAAGAAGACGACGUCUAUAGACAAUUUGCGUGGUUUUGUUGGUAAGCCGAUUGAAGAUCUCGAUCUUUGA